GCAUAUCGCCUUAUCGCUCUUGCACAUUCGUAAAUAACUGCGCGCCAACAAAAUUCCCAUUCACUUUUAACUUGUCUACAAUUUCCAAUUUCCAUAUAUUUGUCUAAGUAAUAAUUGAUUAUUAAAGAAAAAAUAACACAAUGGGAAUUUUGGGUUUAGCGAAACUAAUUGCAGAUAUCGCACCGUCUGCCAUAAAAGAGAAUGAAAUUAAAAACUAUUUUGGACGUAAAGUGGCUGUAGACGCAUCUAUGUGCCUUUACCAAUUUCUAAUUGCCGUACGUUCGGAAGGUGCACAACUAACCACAGUGGAUGGUGAACCAACAUCACAUUUGAUGGGUAUGUUUUAUCGUACCAUACGCAUGUUGGAGCAUGGUAUAAAGCCGGUAUACGUAUUUGAUGGUAAACCGCCAGAUUUAAAAUCUGGUGAAUUGGCUAAACGUGCUGAGCGACGUGAAGAAGCACAAAAGGCUUUAGAAAAAGCAGAAGAGGCAGGCAAUGCUGAAGAAGUAGAGAAAUUCAAUCGUCGUUUGGUGCGUGUGACCAAAGAGCAUGCACGUGAAGCGCAAGAACUGCUAAAAUUAAUGGGUGUACCAUAUGUCGAGGCGCCCUGCGAAGCGGAAGCACAAUGUGCGGCGUUGGUAAAGGCUGGCAAAGUCUAUGGUACGGCAACAGAGGAUAUGGAUGCUUUAACUUUCGGUUCCAGUGUGUUACUGCGUCACUUAACGUUCAGUGAGGCGCGCAAGAUGCCGGUGAAAGAGUUUAAUUAUGAGAAAAUAUUACAAGGCUUCGAAUUGACAAGUACUGAGUUCAUUGAUCUUUGUAUACUAUUGGGUUGUGAUUAUUGCGAAGGCAUCAAAGGUAUUGGCCCAAAGCGUGCAAUUGAAUUAAUUAAUACUUAUCGUGAUAUAGAGACCAUACUCAAGAAUAUUGAUCAAAAGAAAUAUACAGUGGCUGAAGAUUGGAAUUAUCAAGUGGCGCGUGAGCUCUUUAUAAACCCCGAUGUAACAGAUCCAAUGAAUAUUGAGCUUAAAUGGACUGAACCGGAUGAGGAGGGUUUGGUUAAGUUCUUAUGUGGUGAUCGUCAAUUCAAUGAGGAUCGUGUACGCGCUGGCGCAAGAAAGAUCCAGAAAUCGAAAAAUACACAAACGCAAGGGCGUUUGGAUAACUUUUUCAAGGUACUGCCAUCAACGAAUAAGCCCACACCUAAGCGCAAGGGUGAAGAUGAUAAGAAAACGGCAAAUAAGAAAGCAAAACCAGCCGGUGGUGGCGGUCGCGGUCGACGUCCUAAGUAAAGAAGCUUAAUGCAAAAAUUUCACAUAAUAAACGAGCAUAGUCAAUAAAGAAUAAUAAUUAAGUCUAUUUACGUUGUAACUUGUUGCUGUCAUUUUGGUUCGAAAAAAAAACGCAGCUGAUUUGUUAAAAUAAAUUUCGAAAUUAUUUUAUUUUAAGUCAAACCAUUUUCUAAUUAAAUUUACAUAUAUGUACGUGUAGCAUUUGACAGUUUAUUUACUUACUACAAUAUUUUAAAGUUUUACACCUAUUUUUCAACUGUUUGUUAUCGCUAAAAUACUUUACAUUUAAGUUUAGAAUACAGUGUUUUGUAUAAUAAUCGUAAAAAACCUGCUUAUCAUUAAAAGUAUUGUUAAAUUACUAAGUUUUUUUUUUUAAUGUUACAUUUGUUUGGGAAAAUACACAGUCGAAAAAUUAAA